CGAGUUUUUGGAAUUUUUGACAAAAUUGUCCAAAUUUUGGUUGUCAGCUGGUUUCAUGGUCAGUGUUGUGUUUACAACAUACAAAAAGUUUCCUAUUUCAGGUCUAAACACUGGACUCGUGGAGGUUGACAUGUUGAUGGACCCCAUCGACAUCAAGGCGUUACUGGAACACCACGCCCCUGGUGUAGACGUGACAGGUUAUAUAAAGAUUUGUCAGAUGUUUUUGUGUUUACCAGAAGCUGUAAUUCGGUUCGCUGAAGAAUAUCUUGUUGACGAUGCGACACGAUCUAGUCCAGAAGAUUUGAAACAACGCGUGUGCAUGGA